AGCGGGGAUAACGGGGAUAGCGGGGAUAACGGGGAUAGCGGGGAUAACGGGGAUAGCGGGGAUGAAGGGGACAACGGGGAUAACGGGGAUGGAGGGAUAGCGGGGAUAACGGGGAUAGCGGGGAUGAAGGGGACAACGGGGAUAACGGGGAUGGAGGGAUAG